ACCUCAGAAACAUCUAGCGUCAUGCCAAACAUUCGAUUUACAGCAUGCCUAUAGCUUCAGCCACUUUUUAAUCAUUUCAAAUUCAAUUCGACAAGUCUCUCGUUAUAUGCUUCAUCUAUGUAAUGCAUUGAGUCCAGUCAUCCCUCUGUCUGGAACUUCGGCGCGUGCGCGGGUUAGCUACCUACCACCGACAUCGAGAUAUCAAACUGUCGACAUUUCGAGGAGUGAUCCCAACCAAUCUUCCAAUCAGUCGCUAUGUCUCUAAGCUCAUAUAUCAACAAAAAAGUCCUCGUCAUCACCGUCGACGGCCGCACUCUUCUAGGAACCCUCCUCUCAACCGACCAACUCACAAACCUCGUCCUCACCCAAACUGUCGAACGCAUAAUCCGCACACCAGAUGACCCCGAACCCAGUUCCGAGAUUGAGCAUGGCCUCUACCUGAUUCGAGGCGAUAAUGUGGUUAUUUGCGGCGAGGUGGAUGAGGGGAUUGACAAUGAUAUUGAUUGGAGUAAAGUUAAGGGGGAGGUUAUUCGGGGGACGAAGAAUGUAUGAUUCUUAUCACUCUUCGAUUUGAAGAUUAUAUGUGUCCGGCAUGGAAAGGGAAGAAAACGAGGCUUGUCCUCGUAAGGGUAUUGGCAUGCCCGCUUUUUACGACAUAGCACUUCAAUACGAUACAUAACGUCCGACGAAUAUGGAUGUAUGAACGAAUUGGAACCCAAAUCCGACGCUGCAACAGACUUGACUACGCAAUGGCGCGCGAAGACACAGCAAUUGAUUCAUCUGUUAA